AUGGGUGAGCUCGAUACAAAAGCUGAGAUUGAGUUGAGGAAGUUAGAAAAUGAUGGACAAAUCUUGUUUGAAAAUCAAAAUUAUGAAGAAGCUAGGGAAAAAUACUCAGCCUUGAUAGCUGCCACAGAUGUUGAGGAUCCACAUAUUUUGCUGAAGCGAGCAAGAUGUCAUAUGAAUCUAAACGACUACCAGUCAGCGUAUGCAGAUGCUAAACAUGCCUACAAGAUCAACCCUAAGUCUCUAGAGGCCUGCAUACUUUGUGGACAAGCUUCAACUCAGAUUCUUUUAUUCGAAGAAGCAUUGAACUAUUUCAAUGAUGGGCUGAAAAUUGAUCCUAAAAAUAAGACAAUAACCUUGAAUCUGAAGAACCUCCAUUCAAAAAUAUUAAGUGAUUACAACGAAAAGGGUAAAGGGGCAGAAACCACAUACAGCGCUGUUAAAUUUUGUACACAAGAUCCUUAUCCUGGUGAUAGUGAUCUUCUUAACUUGGAAUAUGAGAUCCUGGCUAAAAAAUAUAAAAUUCCAUCCGAAGAUAAAGUAAAUUUCGAUGCAGUCAAUAAAGAAGAAGCAGCUAAACAUGCAGCCUUGGCAUUUCGAUUACGUAACCAAGAUUUAUCCAGCGCAAUCCAUCAAUGUACAUUAGCAUUAUCUAACGAGCCACCAAACUUGAUCUAUAGACAAUUACGAGCUGAUAUGUACCUGGAGAAAGGAGAUCAUGUUAAAGCACUAUCUGAUAUGUGGGCUAUACCUAAACAAAAUAGGGGUCCUGACAUUUGGAAAGCUGGAGGUAAAGUUUUGAUGUCUCUCGAGCUGCCAAUCUCUGCUGAGUUUUGGUUUAGAAGAGCUACUAAGCUAAGUAAAGAAGGUGAUGACGAAGCUGCCAUGUUGUUUCAACAGGUUAGGGUUGACAGAUUGUAUAGACCUCUUACAGCAGGUUAUCCUGUCAAAGUAGAAUUUAAACAGUUUGGUCGCGGUGUGUAUGCUACAGAAGACAUCAAGGAAGGAGAUAUAGCAUUUGUAGAUAGCCCUGUAGUUAGAGCCAUGAUUUCAAACCCAGAGCAUAAAAUUGAAGCUUGUAGUCAUUGUGCUAGAUCAUUGUUAACAGCUGCCCAAUACUUUGGAGAUGCUUUAGAAACAAUGACUGAGGAGGAAAAGGAACUGGUCAAUAUACAUUGGCCUGAUGUUACACCUAUUUAUUGUGAUGAUUGUAGGAGAGUGAAAUAUUGUAGUGACGAUUGUCGUUUAGAGGCUUGGGACUUGUAUCACCAAAUUAUCUGUCCUAAAUUAAACCCCGCUUCAUCGGAACUGUAUGAUUUAUUAGAUAACGAAGGUUGGGGCAUACGAGAUGAUGGUACUAAAGGCGAAAUUUGGGGAGGACAUUAUAGUUUAAUGAUAUUAGCUAACAUCUGGGCUAGUAUAAUAAUGGAAGCGAAACGUUUAAUGAUAACAGACGGUGCCACCACUGCUACAGUUACUCAUUGGGCAAAGGCAAAAGCUCCAUAUAGAAGGUUCAUUGCUUAUGGAACUACCUCUGCGAUUUCGCGGAUGCCGCACAUGCUUCCGGUUUUCCGAAGGGUAUUCAAAAAUAGCGGUCACGAAGGUGUCGUUUUCAACGUCACCGAGGAAGAAUUUAACGGCCGCUACUACCAAGCUACAUGUAAUUUGCAAGAGUUCUCUGCUCGCUCCACACCUUAUCACGCAUUUAUGAAGAAGCUCUCUACAGACCUCAGAGGCUUCCAAAUGAUCAAAUAUUUGGAAAAAUCACCACCUUAUGCAGGAUUCUGCGGAAUGUUUCCGUUACAUGCUUGUUUAAAUCAUUCUUGUUGUAACAACGUCGAAAUAAGAGAUGGCGAUUGUAACGGUACGCCAGGAGUAAACGUUGUUGCAAAGAGAUUUAUAAAAACAGGAGAGGAAUUAUUUACGUCAUAUAUUGAUAAUAAGUUAUCAAGAAACAUUAGACGUGCGUGGUUGUACAAAUCCUUUAAUUUUUGGUGUCAGUGUCCACAAUGUACUUUUGAGGGUGAAGAUAAGAAAGAAUGCACCAAUUGCAACGCCAAAUCAGAAAGUGAAAAAGCCUUCCCUUGUUGUAGCAAAUGUAAAAGAGCAUGGUAUUGUUCGGUUAAAUGUCAAAAAGAAGCAUGGAGACGAGGUCACAAAAAUAUUUGUUCAAAACAAAAGUCUGGAACAGCUUAAACUACUUCUGAUAAUUUUCCGCCGGAAGUAUCAGCGGGUGGCACAGUAUAAUGCUCGUCAUCUUGUGGUCCUAGAAUAGCGCAAUAUUUCGUUGUAAAAAAAUCUAGUCGAGGACUACGUAAUAUGUUCUUCUAUCAAAAGUGAUAGCCAUACAUUUUAUAUUUUAUUUAUACAUACUCAGCUAGCAACAAGAAAGAAACUUUCGUUAGGAUACCUAUUUCUCCAAUUGUCAUGGCGAUCUCUUUGGAUGUUGUCUUUAAUUCUCAAACUUGAAAAUGGUUUGGUUAUUUAUUAAUAUGAGUAAUUUUGAUUAUAUUUUAUGUAUUCUGUGUGCGAUAUAAGCAUAUAGUGAUGUGGUCACUAUUUUCUGUUUUGAAAUAAUCCAGAAAUCAAACAUAUGCCUACCUCUUCAUGUUGAAUUCAUUUUCUUAUUAAUUUAUGUAUUUUUUUUUUAUUUAUUUAAUCUACUUAUUUAUUAUUUCAAAUAAUGCCAAACCCUUACUUUUUUUACCAUGA